AGAAUUUCCAAAACGUGUAUGGUUUUGAAUUCCAACAAAAGACUAGAAAUCAGAAAAAUCUUCACAUUCCUUUGAAUAAGAAGUCAUAAUGCAACGAAGGCAGGGAAGAGUCAGUGCUGGACUGCUUUUGCUGCUUUAUCAAAUUUCUCAAGUUGGGCUCCAGAACAUUCCUUCUGUUACCCUUGGGGUACUUGCACUGAAUAUUUUUCUCUUUCUGAAUCCUGUGAGGCCACUGUCUGAAGUGUGCAUCAGUGUAAAGGAAGGUUUCUACAGAAAGAACUGGCAGCGUUUACUGCUUUCUCCUGUCCACCAUGCAGACGACUGGCACUUAUAUUACAACAUGAUUUCCAUGCUUUGGAAGGGGAUAAUGCUGGAAAAAAAGCUUAAGAGCAUAUGGUUUGCAUACAUAAUUGUAGUAUUUUCAGUGCUGAUUGGAGUUGUUUAUAUGGUGCUGGAAUUCAUGCUUGUGAAAAUUCUGGAUGAUCCUUCGUAUGAAAUGAAUUGUGCUGUAGGUUUUUCAGGAGUCUUGUUUGCUUUGAAAGUUCUUAACAACCAUUACAAUCCAGGAAGAGUCAGCAGUGUCCUUGGAUUGCAGAUACCCAGUAAAUACGCUUGUUGGGUGGAGCUGGUGGCUAUUCAUUUAAUCUCCCCAGGGACUUCUUUUGCUGGGCAUCUGGCAGGGAUUCUUGUUGGAUUGAUGUACACUAUGGGACCUCUGAAAAAGAUCAUGAAAGCCUGUGCAGGUGGCAUUUCUUCAUUCACUGACCCUGCCAGGCCAAGGGACUACUACUAUUCAGAGUAUUAUGGGUAUCCAGGUUACCAAUACAGAACGCCAAGGAGCUAUUAUGAUUAUACCGGUGGGCUCACUGAAGAAGAACAGCUUGAAAGGGCGGUGCUAAACAGUCUUAAUGAAAGAGAUUUUGGUGGAGCAACGUAUAACAAUGAGCGGCGACCCUAUGGGUUUUGGUUUCCACCUGAGCAGCAUUCAGAAGAGGACAUAAGAAGGCAAAGGCUUCGUAGGUUUGAGAGAUGA